AUGGACUCGGCACCGGAUCUCAGCGUCCGCGCUGCUGCCGAUGGGGCGCUCUUUCGCCAGCUCGUGGCCGAGGGAUAUGACCGCUGUGCCGAGGCCUACCUCCGCCACUCGUCCGGUGAGGAGGAUCUGCGCCUGGAACCCUUUCGGGAGCUGAUGGCCGAGCUGCACGCAGGCGCCCAUGUGCUGGAUGCAGGCUGCGGGGCUGGUGUGCCGAUAGCGAAGGCCAUCGUGGACGAUGCGCGGCAGAUGCGCGUGACCGGAGUUGACAUCUCUCCCCGGCAGAUCGAACUGGCGAAGCAGCUGGUGCCGUCGGACCGGGCCACCUUCCUUUGCAGCGACAUGACGGCCCUGGACUGCGAGGCGGAGAGCUUCGACGCGAUCUGCGCGUUCUUCUCCGUCUUCCACCUGCCACGCCGGGACCACGCGGCGUUCUUCGCGCGCGCCGCGUCCUGGUUGCGCCCCGGGGGGCGUUUCGUGUUCAACCUCGGAGCUGGCUUUGAGGACGGCGACGGGGAAUGCGGUUUGGAGAUGGACUUUUUGGGAACGACCAUGGUUUGGUCUUCGUACCCAAGGGAUGAUACAGUGAAGCUCUUGAGCGCGGCAGGCCUUUCAUUGGUCAAGGACGAGCUACACACGGUGAGGACAGGUGAUGAGGUCGACCGUGCAGGGCUUCAGUUUCGGUUCUACCACUGCAGAAAGACGAGUGAUCCAGUGGACUGA